AUGAAGUACCAGAAAUACAUAACGGUGAUGCAGAUGGCUAUGGGGGUGACUGCCAUCAACAGAGACAAUUGCAUCCCUCCUAAGAGACAGAUGUGGUGAGUAUGAAUUUCACCGUGCGGGGAACCGGGGUGAUGCUGAGGAGAGGAGGAUAGCGUAGUGUAUGUACAGUCUACCGUAUCACUCUUACCUAGUGACAGAGGCGAGGAAGACAGAGAGAGGAACCACACAGCCAUUGUGCUUCUGCUCCGGCUGCACAAUUAGCUUGUUAGCUUUGUUGUCAAGGAGAGUGGGAGUCUCUCUGUGUGACAUGCUUAGUUAGGGUGAGCAGCAGCUGUUUGCGGAAGUCAGCUCAGCCUCCCUCUUUGUGCUCAGUGUUGCUACGGCUGUGGAAGUGGGCAGGGAGGAAUAUUGUAUGCCGGUAUAUGGUUGUAUUUGUGUUUUCUGGGCAGGGGGAUUGUUAGCCGAUGCCGUUACAUGGUUGUAUCUGUCAUGUAUGUAUUUUGGGCAGGGAGAUUGUAAUGCCUACUUGGUUGUAUCUGUGCCUACACUGUGUGUUAUUUGGGCAGGGACAUAGUAUGCCAGUAGUACAUGGUUGUAAUCUGCCCACAGGCAGAGAGAUUGCCUGUACAUGGUUGUGUCUCUCCCUAUAUGUUUGUAUUGCGCAGGGGGAUUGUAUUCCACUACAUUCCAGUUGUAUCUUUGCCUCUGUUUUUGGAGGACUAGUGGUGGCACAUCCCUCUCAGAUCCAGAAAGAAUUAAAGACCAUGUGAAAUGGAGUAAUAAAAGCAUUGUUAUCUAGACACAAUGUGUCAUAAUAUGUCGGAUAAAUAAUAUUUUAGUCUGAUGAAUACUGUGUGGACUCGAUUUUGUCCCUAUCUUUGUGGCAUUUCUAAUUCCAGUCCACUUCCUUCUUUCUCAUCAUGUCAUUAUUACCCCAUUGUUAGACAUUUUUAUACUACCGUGUGCAAUCAGAAUAAUUAUUGCUAUCAAAAAUGUUUGCUCUCUGCAUCUAAUUCAAAUGAAUAGCAUGAAAAUAUGCAGCAUGAAACAUGAUCUCCUACUGUUAUUAGUCAUUGUGCAAUACUACUGUAAAACAACAUCCUGUUGAUGGGUGUAUCUAAUCAUCAGAAACCUGUCAUGCUCUCUGUGUUGCGUGUCUACAUCUCAGCCUUUCCACCUGUCUGUUGAUAACCAGAUUGACGUAUAAUCUCAUUUACCAUCCAUCCAUUCUACAGAACACAAUCCGUCCAUCCAGAUGUGACCAUACUAUACCUUAUACCGCAGUGGUUCAGUUCAGUUCAACCUAUGGAAAUAUGGAGUGGUUCUGUAUUAUACUGCAGUAGUCACGGUAAGACCAGGACAAAGCUGUGUCAACUACCUGUGUUUGGAUGUUCUCCUAAACCCUUUUACUUAGUGUCUUAGUAACCACCAUAUCAUGAAAUCAGACCCUUACUGCUGCAGGAUAUCUGGAAAUCAGGUUAACCUUGUUAAAGACCGGAGUAAAUAAGAACAUCUUUAAUUCUAGUAGGGAAUCAAUGGAAGGGAUUGGUUGGUAUUUCUUUCUUCCGUCAGAUCGCAUGUGCACUGUUUCCUCAUCUGUAAUCCACACAAAUGACGUUAAGCAUGUGACAUAAUCCGGCCAAAUUCAGUGGUAUUAGUCAUCGAUGACAAACAAACAGUGGUUUAUUGAUUUAUUGUAGCCAAUCUAGUAGAGCUAAUUCUGAGGGAUGUUUAUGAAAAAAUUCAAAUUCUGAGUGUGAAGAAGAUUCCAGAUCAGCUGUCAAAACGCCUCAGUUUGGGAGUGGGGAGAAUAUCUAUUCUAGAAUGUGCUCCUCCUUUCUUUGUGUGAAUGCUGUCACUAGUGUUGAGAGAGCAGCAGCAAGCACUGAUGUUCUUUUUUUGACACUGCUCCCUUAAGAGAGGCAGUGCUGUGCGGUGGGUCUCAGGGUCAUCCCAUCUCGUGGUGGGGGAGGGGGAUGCCCAUUAAAAUGAGAUUACGAUAUUGCCUGACGGACUGAUGGACAUGUUAGCUGCCCCAAGCAGAAGCCAGCUAGCCCCUGCUAGGCUAACUUCCUGUUGUUUUGUAUUGAGUCAUUGGCCAGAAUGGUUGUAAUCUCCUCUCAGCUGGUUUAUGGCACUAACGGGAACAGAUUAAAUUGGGUUUAUUGACUUGUGGCUGCCCCCAUCCCCAUUCAGUGCCUUCACCUCAUGGGGGGGCAUUUGAAUCAGGCACCAUUCAAGAUAGUUGCAAGUGGGCUUAUCAUACACAGCAGGGUGCUCUGGGUGGGACCAACACUGACCACAUUAACGAGGAUGGCUGUUAAUAUACAGUGAGUGUACAAAACAUUAAGAACACCUGCUCUUUUCAUGACAGGCUGACCAGGUGAAUCCAGGUGAAAGCUAUGAUCCCUUAUUGAAAUCCACUUCAAUCAGUGUAGAUGAAGGGGAGGACACAUGUAAAAGAGUGAUUUUUAAGCCUUGAGACAGUUGAGACAUGGAUUGUGUAUGAGUGCCAUUCAUAGGUUGAAUGGGGUAAGACAAAAUAUUUAAGUGCCUUUGAACAGGGUAUGGUAGUAGGUGCCAGGCGCACCGGUUUGUGUCAAGAACUGCAACGCUGCUGGGUUUUUCACGCUCAACAGUUUCCUGUGCAUUAAUUCAGCAAGCACUGAGCCCAUGUUUAGGGCCUUCGUGACCUCACGGUAAUGUCACUGCGAUAAUUGCGCCUAAAAAAGCCUGACUGGAGGAGCAAUGACUACAAGGCCUAUCAGACAUUUAUCCCCGGCAGGAAGAUACAGACGUGGAGAAGCAUGACUGUUAAAAUCUGUGAGUCAGAAAGAUGCUCCCGGCCAGAAUGACUCAUACCUGUCAUGAAGACACGCAGGAGGCUGACAAGAUGGAAUCAGUCACCGCGCCACAAACACCGAAGGACAUGACAAACUAGCUAACCCCACGUCCCUUUCUCAUAUGAACUUGGUAAUGUCCUCUACACUGGGCAUUUUAUAUUUCUCUUUUAGGAACUAUAUCCAGCUUUCUCAAGUGAAUACAUCACGAGUCUAGGAAGUAUGACAAGGUGACUCAACUACCCUACUAUGUCUGUGUUUCUUUCUAGUAAGAAAAGAGAAAGAAACAGAAGCCUUGUACUGGAGUUCACACUCAGUGAGAUGCCCUGCGGCUGGCACCUUGCAGGUUAGGGUUAAGGAAGGCUUCGUCCUCACCUCAGUGCAGUCCAUGGACAGAUUCCCCAUCACCCAGAUGCUGAGCAGAUGUUCCUGCCCUAUUGUUCAUUUAUUACCCUUACAUGACCUUUACACACUGUUAGUCAGAGCCUAGUGUCAACCUGGACUUGGGUUAAUACACUUUACACUCCAUUACCAGACAUAAUGCCAAGCUGUGCUUUUAUUGUAAGUGUUUCACCCUCUCUAAUAAGGAGGAUCUACUGCACGUGGAGAAGUGAUCAGGAAAGAUGGGGGGUGUUUGGGAGGCGGGUCGCAUGUGGCUGUAGUGUGCUGGGUUGGUGGUGGGUCUUUAUGUGCCUCUCCACGGGGGUCACCCAGUGUUCGGAUGUGACCAUUGGCCUGUCAUGUUUGAUACAUGUCUGAAUGCCUAAUCUGUCUAUCCAUCUGUCAAGAGUUGUCUAGCCUACCUAAUCAGGGUGGCGAUCCCUCCGAUCCCACCUGCCUGCCCACGUUUAUCCUGGUCACUUAAUGUCUUACAUGCGCUCACAGAGUUUAAAUAAAGGCUGUUGUUUUUUUAUUCCUCAAUUAUCUUUUUCAAGGUUGCCCACUUGGUUUAAAAUGCUUUGCUUUGUUUUGGCCUUUUUUUUCCUUUUUUUUUUCGCAUCAUGACGUUGUUAAUCUCAGGGAUGCAAAUGGAAUGCAGUAAAAUGCCUCUCUAGUCAUCCCACGCUCCAGGAGGGAUGAAGCCUGUAGUGGAUGAGUAAUGUGUUGUAGUGUAGGAGCUCAGGGGACGUCAUGUCCGGCCAGGCUUAGCCAGGAGAGCCUAUAGUAGGCCACGUGCUGACCGUACUUCAGUCGCUCUCAGUCCCUCUCAGGCUCACAGGAUGAAACAUAGGCCUUCUCUGUGCAGUGCAGUGAGUGUCUGUAAUGGCCCAGAUACAGUUAUUUAUGUGUCUGCUGUGUUCUUUCUUCCUCUACUCAUCAUUUCCUCCAACAGAGAUGCCUGAGACAGAGGUAUCAGAUACACAUGCUCUGGCCUUUGUUGUCUUGGUUAAGUGCAGAUGAUUGUUCUGCAGCGUGCCCACUGUAUGAGGAACUGUCAUAACUAAAUAUUUCAGAGGUACUUAUCAUUGUAAUGCUGAAGGCCCUAUUCCUUUCCAUUGGAUUUAGACACAAUAGCCGUACUGCAAGCUAGCUUUGAUCCUAACUAUUGAGCAAUUUUUUACGUUGAAUAGCAUUUUAAAUCCAACAGAACUAUUUUGCUUUGAUUAUGGAGCUGUAUGCUCAAGUAAGCUCGUCCUACAAAGGACAAAGCUUUCUGACACUCCAAGCAUAGACUCUUUGAACAGGGAGUUGAUAGUUGAAUGUUUUAUAUAUAGACCAGAGAAAAUAGAGACAUACGUUUGUUGCUUUCAUGUUUAUGAUCUGUGUAGCUACAAUCCAGUCUCUUUGAAUGUGUUUGAUUGACAGCUGAGAACAAUGUCAACAGCAAUGUCUUUCUCAUAUGAAGGUCAACUGAAAGGUGUUUUUUCCUUUCAAUUGAAGCUGCAAUAUGUUACUUUUUGGGCGACCCGACCAAAUUCACAUAGAAAUGUGAGUUAUAGAUCUGUCAUUCUCAUUGAAAGCAAGUCUAAGAAGCGGUAGAUCUGUUAUGUGUUUGCUAUUUCUAUGCUUCCCGUUCGUAAGUUUCCUUUUUGCAUCUUUUACUUUCGGUUUUGUACACAAGCUUCAAACAGCUGAAAAAACUAUAUUUGUGGUUAUGUAAAUUAUAUUUCACAGCGGUUUAGAUGGUACAAUGAUUUUCUACACUAUACUUGCUUGUUUUGUCACAUAAACUGAAAUUAAGCAAACUAUUUGAAUUUUAGCAACCAGGAAAUGGCAUAGCGAUUUCUGCAUAGUGCAUCUUUAAGCACUAGACAACCAGGUGAGAGGAGUUCCUUACUAAUUAGUGACCUUAAUUCAUCAAUCAAGUACAAGGGAGGAGAGAAAACCCACAGACACUCGGCCCUGGAAUGAGUUUGACUUGUGCUAUAGGGUGUAUGUAUCCGUCAGUGUGCUAGAUGUGAUGCUGUGUUGCUCUGUACCAUUCAGCCCCACAGCACAUUUGUUUUACUUCCUGUGUUCCAAGGUCAAGGACAAAUAGCACUGCUGUCAGGUAUCACUUUUCACUGACUACCCAGAUAGGCCAUGUUGAUGAUAUAAAAUAGGCAUUUAGCUUUUCUAAUGACCACUUACUGCAUCAUGUCAAAUCUAAGCAUCCAUAUUGUUUGAUAAUUAGUUCACCUUGUCGACACUGAUUAUAUUAAAAUGUGUAUCUGGCAUCAAAGACAUAUAUGUCGUCAUUAUUAUUACUACUAAUGUAGCAGUGCUUCCAAAGCACCUACUGUAGUAUUUGAGUGAAUGGACAUGCUGGUUAUGACGUGGACAGCAUGGUGAGGACCAUGGACUUAAACUGCCGCAUUUCAAAACCAUUAGCUCUAUUGCGGUGAUGAUAUAACUCUAUCCAUGUCUUUUAAAAUGCAUCAAUGCUAAUAGAUGUUUAGGGGCGAAAGCUCUGGUAUGUCGUAAUGUUAUGUGUUCGCUACCCAGUAUAAGCAAACUGGUCUCAGAGCAUUCCGUAUUAUUCUGUACGGAAAUCUGCGACACUCUAUUUAGUAUGAUAUGUUACGUUUCGUAUGGUAUGUAUUAAUUUGUGGAUGUCCAUCACCCAUUUCGUAUGGUAUGUUACGAAUUUCCAAAACAUAUAAUAUGUUACAAAUUCUAGCAAGGUGGCUAACAUUAGCUAGCUCGCUAAUGUUAGCUAGGGGUUAGGGUUAGAGUUAAGGUUAGGGUUAAGUUUAGGUUAGGUUAAAGGGUUAAGGUUAGGGGAAGGGUUAGCUAACAUGCUAAGUAGUUGCAAAGUAGCGAAAAAGUAGUAAGUCGUUGAAAAGUUGCUAAUUAGCUAAAAUGCUAAAGUUCUCCGUGAUGAGAUUCGAACUCGCAACCUUUGGGUUGCUAGACGUUCGCGUUAUAUGCCCAUCAAUCCACCCGGACCAACCACACUACUUUAGUUUUUGCCUUAAGUAACCAUCUGUCUUAUGUAACCAUACCAAACAUAACAUAUCAUACUAACUUGAGUGUUCCGGAUUUACAUUUACUAUGUUACGUCUAGUCUAUGAGACCAGGCUGGUAUAAGACCUGUGUAUCAAGAACCACGCUGAGGUCGUCAGUAAAACGCUGUGGUGACCUCUUCAAGCCUCUGCAGUAAGGGAGAUUCUCUAUUUCUGGGCAAAUCUUCAUGUAAUAUUCAUAAACUUCACCUCUCGCAAGAGUUACUGCUUAAAUGUUUUUUAAAGUUUAAAGUUGAGGCAUUGUUUGUUGUAAGGGCACACAAGGGAUAGGAAAAACAGUGUUUGAGUCUAAGCUGCUCACAAUUUUACUGCGUUACUCCACAACGGCAAGGAAAGCAGUCCAUAUUUGCACAUGCAGCAAGUUUAUUUCUGUUUCAUUGGAACACAUAGUUUCCAAAGUAUUCACUCUCACAAGGACUCUUCUGUAUGCUUUAGUUUCAUGUAGAUGGGUUAGUAGAGUGUACCACAUAGAGCUUCUGCAUGGUCCCUCUGUAUGGGCCAGUUGACCCAGAGGUACUGUACCAUGACCAGUGCUCCAUCCAAAUCAAAUCAAAUGUUAUUUGCCACAUGUGCCGAAUACAACAGGUGUAGACAUUACCGUGAAAUGCUUACUUACAGCCCUUAACCAACAAUGCAUUAUUUUUUUAUAAAAAAGUUAAAUAAAACAACAACAAAAAAGUGUUGAGAAAAAAAGAGCAGAAGUAAAAUAAAAUAACAGUAGGGAGGCUAUAUAUACAGGGGGGUACCAGUGCAGAGUCAAUGUGCGGGGGCACCGGCUAGAAGAGGUAAUAUGUACAUGUGAGUAGAGAAAACCAGCAGAAAAUCCAUACCCUCUAUCAGGGCAGAGAGAGAGCACAGCUACAGUGCCAUGCCAUCCAUCUGAAUGCAAGUCUUUCAUUCUUAGAAAUCUACUCCAGAACCCCACAGGGCUGUAUGAAUGGAAUCCCCUCUUCACAGCUGCUAUGUACAGUAAGACUCUGGGAUUGUGGUUGUCAGACGCUCCUCCAAAUUGAAUGCAGUGUGUGUGUGUGUGUGUGUGUGUGUGAGUGAGUGAGAGCACUCUGGUGGCUUUGAGAGUAAAUCCAUGGUGUGCGUGGGCUGGGAUGGUCAGCAGCGGGGGAGUGAAGAGGUCAUGGGAGAGAAGCCCAGGCAGCUUCCAGCCUCUACAUCAGGGCUGCUGCCCAUCAGCCAUCAUCAUGAGGCCAGAGCAGUGAAUGGGAUGCCAGGCAGGGCACUGAGGGGAGGCACUCCACAGGCUUGUCCUAGAGGUUUUUGGUUUUGGGAGCUGGUAACUUCAGUGCCAGGGAAUACAUCAACAUGUGUAUGGCCCUAUCACGAAUCAACAGAGAUAAAACAGGUCUCUGUGCUAUUCUCUCUUAUCUUGCAUCUCUUCUGAAUCUGUUGAGACACAGUCAGUGGUACCAACAUAUAGAAGGCACUUAUAGACAUGCAACAGUGGUCUUAUGCUCUGAUUGAUGCUCAUCGUUUUCUUUGAAUUCAAAGUAAGAAUGUUUCUUCUUCUUUGUUGCAUUGUGAGUAAACGGUAACAACAGAAAACAAAAAAGUGAUCACAGAAGAUUCCGAUUCGACCAUGUCUUGUUGUCUUUAUAGAAUCACCUCUCAAUAGACCCAUUUCACGAUCCAUACCAUUUACUGCUCAUAAAAGCAAAGCAGAUGUGUAUCGAUGCAGCCCUAAGGUCUAACAUUCUGCAGGUCGAAAGUGCUUACCAUUACAUGCCGUGACAUUACUUGAAUAAGUAAUCAGCUUGCAGAAGGGCGGGCCAGGUAGUCAGCACUAUUGUAUUGCAGUAAUGUCACUAAAGCACUCUAUACCCAGAGCACUAUUGCUGCUGUUGCUGCAGCCGUGGUUGGAGCCAUUUCAAAUAACGUUUACAGAGCCAAUUACAAACCUUUAGGAGCUUAAUCGUGAUGCCCCUACAAUCUUUGACACAGAGUUCUACCACUUCCUCUCUCACUUCCUCACAGCUUUCACAUUGCCUGUUUGAUUCCUAAACUCGGAGGGCUAUAGCAGUUUUAGGCUAUUUGACAGUGGGGCCGGAUAUGAGGAUAAAGGUUAUAGUUUUCCCCUAAGCAGCAGCAGCAGCCGCAUAAAUUAUCCACUGUGACAGAACAGCCUCCAGAAGCCCCUCUCCUCUCCAGCAUCUGGAUUCCCCCAGGCUGGGGGUCUGAGGGGGGAUGAGUGUGGCCUUGGGCCCUGGCUGUGCUGUUCAGCUAGCGGUUCUCUUCAGUGGGAGAGUGUGGCGGUGCAUGUUAGAGCCUAGCUCUGGCUGAAUAAUGGAGGAGAAGGAAGGAUGCUCCAUACCUCUGUCCCCCGGGGACCACAUGACAUUACACCCAAUUAUGCACACUUGCCUUGAAUGCCACUCAACCCAACAGGGAAAAGUGUCCUUUAAAGAAAUGAAGAGGAAAGGGUGGAAAAAAAACGUUUUGAUCUAUCCUGUAUUCAGCUGGGUAUCCGCUGUCUCUUACCUCAGUUCCUCCUGUGCUGCUAGCGUUGAGCUUUGUCCCUCCAUUUUGAAAGUGUGUGGUGUGGUUGUGAUUAUGUAUGUACUGUAUGCUAACACUAAUGUGGUGUCUCUGUCCCUGUCCCUCUGUGUUCCAGGGUGACUCCCACAGAUGGAUUGUCAGGGAUAGGUGCCACGGGGAUAGGCACCGCGGCUUCGUCCGCUGCCAUUACAGAAGCUCAGGAUUCAGCAGAAGCAGCUGCAGAAAGUGCUGCAGCUGCUCGUGCCGCUGCUCGUGCAGGUGCUAUGUGUGGUUCUGGUGCUAUAGGAGGAUGCAGUGUA